CUGAGCAUAUUUCUUUUCGGCUCGAGAUAUCCUCUUACCCGAUCUGGUCGUCUGCCACCGCUGCGGGCGAUGGUGGUUCAGCCGCUAGGUCGGUCAACAGAGCCCAUGAAUGAAGUUUAAGAGCAAAUGAGGAGGAAGUUUUUCGCAGCUCUGGUUUGCAACCUUCCCCUUCUCCUCAGCUAUUGUUAAGUUCAUUUAAAUUAGGCAAAGGUACUUAAAGGGGUGUGACAUCGCUAAGGCAAGGCUGCCCAUAGUGGUUGUAUAAUGGCAGAUUAGUUCUAAUUUUGAAGAAUACAAAUAUCACUACAGUUGAUUGAAUAUGCCAAGCGGAGAAAAGCAACCCCCAGUUUCAGCUAAAAAAGUUGCUUUAAGAGAUUUGCCCAGUGAGAUAAAUAAUUUUGCUUCUAAUCCUCUUGACUAUUCCCCACUUAGGGAUAGGGGUUCUAUUACUAGCACUCCAAAGUUAUCUGGAACUAAAAGAGAGCAACCAAGUAGUCCUUCUACUCCUCAUCCCCAACAACAUAGUAGUUACAGUGGGCAUCUAGUAUAUGUACGUCGAAAGCUAGAUAUUGAACCAAACAAGAUAUGUGUAGAAAACGUGGAGUGCACUAACCCUCUUGUGAGCAAUUGUUGGAAGGAUCAAUCAAGUGAGAAAAAAUCGCCAAGAGAACAGGAGGCAAAGUUUUCUGGUGUUUCUACUCCGUUGUUGUCACCUACCUCUUUCAUUUCACCUUUGAGAUCAGAACCUCUACAAUGUACUAGGAAACUUGGGAAUCUAAUGCCUGUAUCCCUAACAAAUCAUACUAGCGUAUCCCCAGCUCUUGAGUCUGAAACUCAAAGCCAGGGUGAAGGAUAUUGGAAAGAACGGUUUAUUCGACUGCAGAUGUUUUUAAAAAAUUGUGACCAAUCUAAUCAGGAGAAAUAUAUUCAGAACCUUAGAUCACUAUCAGCAGCUGGCCGGAGCAUGCAUGCUGUUGAGCUAGAGAAAAGAGCAAUACAGCUUUUAUGUGAUGAAGGGAGAGAGUUGCAAAAGAUGAAGGUUCUGAAUGUUUUGGGUAAAUCCUUACCUGACUCGCAGACAAGUCUGUCCUACCCCUUUUCACCGAGCCUUAGCUCUAGAGAAAAAGUACUUUAAUUUGCCAGGCUUUCUUGUGGUUCAGAAAAUUAUACUAAAUCCUCACUAGUGUCACUUUGCAUGAGAGAAAAAGAGAAAUGGGAUUAAAAUAUUUUUAAAAAAGAAUGAAUGAAGCUUAGAUAUAUAAUUUUUUUCUCCUCUUUGUCUAUUUAGAUGCCUAGUAUCAUUUGUUGAGUAGGAAAUAUACUUCUCUCCCUAUUCUUCCGAUAAGAUUUGGAGAGUGGUCAUUGUAACUGAUCUCUUAAACUGGAAGAAAGUUUGUUUGUCGAGUAAAAGUAGGAUUAUUUAUUUGUUCUAACUUCUAAAAUUUGUUUGUGUAUUCAUUAAAUAUGUUCCAAGAGAUUAUGUAUCUUUUGAACUUUUAAGGAGUUGUUUUAAUGUAUCAUUCACCAUUUUUAGCUA